GUCCCAGCCAGGUACGAUGUCACUGUGUGUGCGGUAAAAGUUCUGUGUUUUUGUUCGCGGCAAAACGCGUCGAGAAGGUUGUUCCAUGCAAACCGAGAUCUAUUUUCUUUUUAAAUCUUGCCCUGCCCCUAUCUUCUUGCUGCGUGCAGCAAGACUAUGACGACAAAACGAGUUGUAGAUCCAGCAUCUUCACAUCAUGACCCUGAUGCACGACACCCGACUAAGAAAGUAGUGCCAGUAGCAGUGUAUUAGCAGCGCCAAAAAAGGUCAACAACCUGUGUGAGAACGAGAAACGAAGGAAUUGAAAAACCGCCAUUGCAAAAAGUAGUCCCGCUGUAUAGUACGCGUGUAGGCUCUAACUGGGAAUGUCUUGACAGCCCGCCCCAGCACGUGAGCCAACAUGGUAGAAAGUCACUUCACAAGAACUCUACUAAAGCGUUUUGCGAACCCUCACUCCAUCAAUUUGUGAUUUAUCAAGAAACGUCCGAAGAACGAAAAGAUCCUUUUUCAAGUACCAGCAACCGCCCUGCUUUCCGACGUGGUGCACGUAAGCUAUCCAACUGCUGAUAAUAGGCCGUUAUAAGAAGUGUCACACAUCAAAUUUUCGCCCACACGCCGCGUUUUUGGUACUCUAGUUACUACUACUCUACUUCCUGCUCCUGUCGAGUGAGAGAAACUGCGCAAACCUUUCUGGUACUUAGCGUCGACUGUUCCAUCUUCAAUUCCAACUCUGCUUGCCAUUCAUUUCUUCGCACACAGUUUUUCACUUCCGUAAGAAUGUGAACGUGAAUUGGUUUAUACAAGUUUUUGCCACCCAAAUAAAAUCUCACAGUCAAAUUUUCUUCUUGAUAACGACGGUUGUGUCAGCAUAAACGUUGUAAUAACGGUGCAUUGGCUGUCCAAAAUUGUACUUCGACGAGGCGAUUCCGUUUUGUCACAACAUCCAACAAAAGACUUAGAGAAGAUCACGGGGUAUUUCUAGUGAGAAGAAGAAGAACUGCCAAAAUCAUCAGGAGAAACUUCUUCUUGCUUUUAUUUAGCAAGACAAAUCUUCAGCGCCGCCAGUGACAGCACCGACAGGUAGCUACUUUAGCAUCACAGACCCGCUUCUGUGACCAAAAAGAAGAUCAAAAUGGGUGACUGGGAUAGUCAGGAUUGGGGCGACAACAAUGGCCAGAAGUGGAACGAUAUGCAUUGCAAAAGCAUCGUAUAUAGUAUAAAUCGCAAUACAAAUUGGCUCAGCAUUACUACAAAUUACAUUUGUAAUGCCGAUUUACCUUGACAAGUGGACUUCUGAUGCAUGAUUGCGAUUACUACGAGUGCGAUACUUUUGCACAGGAUAAACGAUUGGAAAGACGACAAGAAGUCCUGGGAUGAUUAUGAGAGUGCGCAAGAAUUACGAGCCUUGCACCGAAAGUUGUCACGCGCAAAAUGCAAAAAGGCGAAGAAUGAAGACUGCGUUUACGUUCUUCGCAUGACAAAUGAGGCGGAUCAACAUUCGGGGCGAGAGUAGUUUCUGAGUUGUGCACUCUCAUAAUCCCUGGGGCGACAAGAAAUCCUCGUGGAACGACAAGAAAUGGGAUGACAACGACGAUUAUCCUGUGUAAAAACAUGGUAGUGCUGGUACAGCAACUCAUGUCAGGGUUGAUGUCAUGCAUAUGCUUAGGAUGAAUUAGAUUACAAUUUGUCAGAUUCAGUACGACUUUGCAAUUGCAUGUCCUGACUUGUCAUGAUCGGCUCCUAAAACAGCAGCGAGAGUCUGCGUACUCAUAGAAUCCCCUCAACAGCAGACUACAUGAUGGGUGCUACUCAGUAGAAGCGUACUUGUUUUUUACCUAGCAUAAUGAUUGGAACAAAAACUCGAGCUCUUCCUCCUGGGGCGGCAGCGGGUUAUCCUGUGCAAAAGUAUCGUACUCGUACAACAAAUGCAAGUCUUGCAUUACAAAUCUUGUUUCCAAGGCAAAUCAGCAUUACAAAUUUUAUUUCUCAUGCUGAGGAAAUUUGUAAUGCAUUUAUACGAGUACGAUACUUUUGCAAUGCAUACGGGUCCGGGUACAACAAAAAGGAAGACGACAAAAAAUACGAGAAAAAGGUCAUGGAACCGGGGAUGGGCUUCGAUUUCAAAGCCGCGGCGUUACUUGACAAGGAGGAGGAUUAUGGGAGAGAUAUUCAAACCUUGUCGCACAUGAUAUUAACGGCGGCGCAGAGAAUCAAUUUUAAUUUUAUGCGGUCUUGCAAAGUUAUUUGACGAUGUGAUUGACGACCUGCCAUGAUUAACGAAGACGCACGUCUUUGUAGUUGCUGCAACAUUUGUUUAAAACAAAUGUUCCAGCAACUACAAAGAGUUUUGUCAUGCAACGUGGGAAUUACCUCGUAGUUGCAUGUGCGACAAAUUUUCCUUGCACAGAAAUCCGGACAAGUUCGAAAGCGAAGAAUGCUGUGAUACGGAUGAAGUCCACAUCGUCACCAACUUAUCAAUACAGGAAUCUUUCCUCUCCACCUCGUCCUUGUAGUAGAAUAAAAGUUGAGAGUCUUGCAAUAAAAAAAUUUCCUGAGAAAGAUAUGGUCAUUUGUCUUGCAGAUUUUUUUGGCGGAUCGAUCGAUAGAGGCAACUACCUCAUGUAUGUUUUCAUCGAGUAGAAAAUCAUAUCGAAAACCUGCACGACAUCAAGUUUCUUGUCUUCUGAUGUCUUGUUAGUACCUCAACAACAUAGACGAUGACGAGAAAGAUCUUUGUUCCUAGGCAUAACCCCCGUUGUUUGACGACGACGGAAACCCCCGAGAGCCCGAUGUAUGGGAUACCUUCGAGAAGUGCGCUGUUGGUAUUGAUACUAUUUUUUCUGGAACAAGAAGAAGAAGAAGAACUUGUGAUGCGGGACCUGAUGGAGAGCGGCAGCUGGUGCUGCAUCUUGUUUUAUCCAUCAGGUGGAAGAUCAAGAUUUUGUGAUGCAAACGUGGCGUGAUUUUGCAUUUUUACGUAGGAUGAUAGAUACCAACACCAAGCAAUAAAUGGCAUCUAGUUAAUCCGCACCCUGAAAGAAAAAUGAAAAUAAACCAAAACGCACAGCAAUGCCGGACGGGUUGUUGGACCUGAUGACCAAAGGCAAGGUGGCGUCUUUCACGAAGCCAACAACGAUUCAGGCACACGUGUGGCCGAUUUUAAUGGAGUGCCACGACUUGAUCGGGGUGGCAAAGACGGGAAGCGGUACUGUGUUUCGUAGAAAUAAUUCAGUUGCGAUUACCUGAAAUAGCUGAAUCAGUUUGUGAUGCUGCUGUUCCUGUAAUGAUCAUUUGUGUUUCAUAUUGUCAUGUGAUUGUGAGUGGGAAGAGACGGAAUACAUCAAACCAUGGCAGGUAAGACCCUCGCGUUUCUGAUACCUAUGUUCAUCCAGAUGAAGGUGAUACGCAUUGCAAACAGCGAAGAUCAUGGUCAGUAUUUUUACCUCUAAAGGAGCACGCUUACCAUGAUGCAGGUGCAUGCAGCUUCUGACUUUCAGCUGCAUGUAGAAUAAAAUACCAGCUUGAAUAAAUCGAAACCCUUGGUUGUUGACACCUGAACUAAAAUUGACGACAGUGUAUUCAGAGCUUCCCCCGAGACGUAAAAGAUUCUUUUUAUCCUUGAUCUUCGCUGUUUGACCAGUGGAUAACCACAAGAAAUCGACAGUGAGGUGAAACGAGGAUCACCGUGGGGCAUAGUCCUAUCGCCGACCCGUGAGCUGUGUCAGCAGAUUUUUGAAGAGUGCACCAAGUUCGGAAGGGGAGCCGGUACAAUGUUGAUUUUUUGCCAUUCAAUGUCGCACCCUCAGAUGAGUGUAGUAUGGAUUUGGAUUUGUGUUUGUCAUCAUGCAUGCGAGGUGGUGCACAGCAAGAACAACUGCAUAUUGAAAUUUAGCUGCAACGAAAAUACUGAAUGAACUUCAUCAGAUAUCCGGUGCUGCAUCAGUCACGGUGGGGACAACAACCGGAAGUCACAGCAGUGGGCCAUUGAAAACGACUUCCCGCACAUCAUCAUCGGGUGCCCGGGCCGAACCCAGGACUUCAUGAAUGCAGACCCACCGGUGUUUAUCGAGAAAAUAAAAUCCAUUCCCAUCCAUAUUUGUAUUUGUCAUGCAAACCAUGCAUAAAAUCCAGUGUCUGUCAUGCAAAAAAUGGAUGGGGAUGGGUGUUUUUUCCUGGAUAGUGUUCGUAGCCGACGAAGUGCGAACGGUAGUGUUGGACGAGGCAGACAGGAUGCUCGAUAUGGGCUUCGAAUGGGAAUUGAGACAGAUCACGGACAAGGUAUGAGUUUAUUUUCAGUGGUGCAGAUCUCCCUCUUGCAUGACAGAGAACACUUCUCUCCAAUGCGCACGACCUAAAUAUAUUAUAAAUAUUGUAUAUUGAAACUAUCCAAAAAACGAAAUCAGUGCCCGGAGGAGCGUCAAUCUCUGCUGUUUUCCCAAGAGGGGGCUUUUUCGUGGGCCUCAGGGGUCCCCUUGCUUGCCCCGUUUGAAAUGGCUGGCCGGGUGUUCGCCUUUUUAUUUUCUUGGGAGGGUCCCGUUUCAGCAGUCGCAAACCGAACACCCAGAAAGGGGAUACUUCGGCGGGCCCUAGGGGUCGAAGUCGAUUGGGGUUGCGAUGACCCCCAACCGAGGAAACCCCGACGACCCGAAGUGGGGCCUUUCAGUGGGCCUCCGGGGUCCCCUUGCCCCGUUUGAAGUGGCUAGCCGGGUGCCCGCCUUUAUUCUUGGGCCCCCCCCGUUUCAACAGUCGCAAACCGAGCGCCCAGAUGAACGGGCAUUCUUUAGUGGACCAGAGGGGCCGAAAUCGGUUGGGGUUCGUUGCGAUGACCCCCAACAGGGGAAGCCCCGACGACCCAAGGGGGGACUUUUUAGUGGGCCGCAGGGGUCCCCCUAGCUGCCCCGGUCGAAAUGGCUGCCCGGGUGCUCGUCUUCUUGGGCCCCGUUUCUUAACUCACAGCCCGAACAUCCAGAGAGGGGGUUCUUUAGUGGGCCCGAGGGGUCGCAAUCGGAUGGGGUCGCGAUGACCCCCAACCCGGGAAGCCCCGACGACCAGACAGGGAGCUUUUUCGGGGACCGUAGGGCCCCCAUUAGUUACCUUCUUUGAAAUGGCCUACCUUCCGGCCCUUCGCCUUUUUUCUCGGGCGGCUGCCUGCCGCUUCGUCAGUCGCAAAGAAACCGAACACCAAAGAUGGCGGCUCUUUGAUGGGCCGCAGGGGUGGGGCCAAUCAAAAUUGUUUGAACGGGGUUCGUUGCGGUGAAGCCCUCGCUCCCUCCUUUCACCAUCGACAUCCGAAGACGCUCACUCUGCCGGCCCCUUCGCCGCGCAUCCAUCAAGAGGGCCGCCCGCUUAGGGCGGCCCGUUUCUUAUUCUUGUAUGACUUUAUUAUUAUUUUCAGUGUUGAAGAUCUUCCUCUUGCAUGACAGAGAAUAAAGUCGACCACCUCGUGAUGGUUUUUCAGUUUUAUCGUCAAGGAAGAGAAAUUGAAAUAAGCUGUAACUAAGACCUAGAAACAUCAUUCAUCAAAUCAUCCAAAACGAAAUCAGUGCCCGGAGGAGCGUCAAUCUCUGCUGUUUUCCGCCACCUUAAAAGGAAGAAAAAGCGGCUGCCUGUGUCGCCGUAGGCCAUGCGAAAUUUUUCUUCGCGCGCGCUGCGCGCGCGAUGCGGGUACCCUUGGGAGCUGGGGGGGCCGGCUACCGGGGUCCGGUAGGAUUGCCAUACUCCCUAGCGUUUCUACCUUGAUUUCCAGCCAAAUUGCCGGCCCAGUUAUUUCUACCCGGGUUUCCGGUAGGGGUGCAAAGCCUGGCACUCUGCCUUGAUUUGCAGCCAAAAUGCUGGCCGAGGCAAUUUCUACCUGGAUUCCGGGCGAGGAUGCCGGCUCGGGCCUUUCUGCCUUGAUUCUCUCUCAGUAGAAAUGCCGGGCCAGGCAUUUCUGCCUUGAUUCCCAGUAGAAAUGCCGGCUGAGGUGGUAUUUCUGCCUGGAUUCCCUGUAGGAAUGCCAGACCUCCUGGCAUUUCUGCUUCGGUUUCCUGUAGGAAUGCCAUGCCUGCUGGCAUUUCUGUAGGGGUCUUCGAUCUCCGGCACGAAUGCCAUGGCGCUUGCGCUUCUAGCUUGAUUUCCAGUAGAAUUGCCAGCCCUCCUGGCGUUUCUACUUACCUGGACUUUCGGUAGGAAUGCCAGGGGGGGGGCCUCCUGGCAUUUUUUCUACCUGGAUUUCCGCCAGGCUGGCAGUUCUUCUUUGAUUUUCGGUAGGAAUUCCAGACCUCCUGGCGUUUCUACUUUGAUUUCCAGUAGAAAUGCCGGCCCUCGGCAAAGGUCGACUUUUCUCUGUGGGAGGGAAGUUUUCUCUGUAUCACAGAGAAAACUCCUCUCGCCACAGAGAAAACUCAGAGGCCGCGACAGGUAUUUCUGUGUAGAAAUGGCAGUUUGUGAUGCGCAAGCAACCACUUCUGUUUGUUUUUAUAUGUGUAUCCUUUAUGUUUUUGCUUAUGUAGUUUGUUUUUGUUUCUUCUCCUUCUGUUUUUGUUUCUGUUUCUUGUUUAUACUUUUCUCUGUUUUGCUUUCAACUUUCUCUGUGAUAUCUUUUGAUAUCAUUUGAUAUCAAUUGAUAUCAACAGAGAAAACUUAAUAUUUUAUCUUUCGAGACCAACAAAUGCUGAUCUUCUUGCAUCAGGGAAGAGAAAGUCAACAUCGUGGUUCUGAUCGUUUUUCUUCAGUUUUACUUAUCAUCAAAGAACGGAAAGGGAAAUAAGGAUAAAGCUGUAAUAGUAAUGGUGCACGGCUGCAAGACCUAGAAAUAGAAAUAGUAAAAGUAAUAAAUCCAUCCAAAAAAUAAAACCAGUGCCCGGAGGAGCGUCAAUCUCUGCUUUUUUCCGCCACCUUUCCGAACAGUGUCAAGGCUACGCAAUGGAGAGGUUGUUUUUAAUCUCACUGAGAAGAGGUCUCCGGUAAAUGUAAAAGUAAAAGCAUUGAACCAGAAGUGCAUGACAGAUUUCUGCUUCGCAUAAAUGACGAAAUGAAAUUAUGUACCCUCAUUUUUGCACGGGCUAUUUUUUUUUAUUCAACACGCCAUGGACGAGGAUAGCAUCCGGUACGUUCGGACGAGAACUUGCAUCGAUUUCGGUAACUGCAGCUGCAGUACAUCUGAGGUGGGAGAAAAACAACUUUUUCACCUCCAAACCCCCCCUGGCGCAGCAGUUCGUCUACCGGGAGGCCUUUCACAUCCAGGUGGGCUCCAAGGACCCCUUAACCGGAAACAAGGACAUUACCCAGAUCUGCAAGUUCCCCGAGGACUACCGGAAAAAAGACGACUGCCUCCACGACAUCUUGCAGGAGGCUGCUGUGGACGAAGGUAGUAUAGAAAAAUCAAAAUUUUUGCUGUAGUUCUUCUUGUUGCGUAUGGCAAACUGAACACAAUGCAACAGGAUAUGGAUGGUUCUGGUCGUCAUGUUUGGUCGCAUGAAUUGUAUAGUGCACGAUAAUUUAAUAUUUUUGUUUCAACAUGCGAACGAAAAACUUCAUGCUGCAUUACAUCCACCAAAUCUACUACUAGGCGCGGGUGGCAUGCGCGUGCUAGUGUUCUGCAAAUCCAAGCGUUCCUGCUCGGAGAAGUGCAGAACGUUUGUAUGGGAUUCUCAAAUGCUACAUUCUCAAGUGUCCUUACAUGAAUUUGUAAUGCAAGAACAGCAAGAGUUAAGGUGGCAAGCUUGCUGCUUUCGCAUCACAGAUUUGGCACAGAUUUAGAUGCUGUCUGGCCCUUCGGAGAUUUGUCAUGCGAAAGAGCUUGAUCAUCUGGCGGCCGCGGCUUAUGGUAGUUUUGCACGACAAAUCCAUGUAACAAUUGAGAAUGUAACAUUUGAGAAUCCGAUACUUUGGAAGAUGGGGUUUUGAGUGCGGCGAAUUACACGGGGACUGCAGCUAUGCAUUGCAAACGUAUUGUACUAACUACGUAGUAAUUCCAUGAUGUACAAAUACCACCCUCAGCAAGACAACUUGAAUUUGUCAUGCGGAUUUACAUUUACCUUAAGAAACAGGUUUGUGAUGCAUUAUAUGGAUAUGCAAUUAGUACGAUACUUUUGCAAUGCAUAGCAGCCAGAGCCAGCGCGACUGGGCACUGAAGGCGUUCAAGAAUGGGGAAACAACGGUUUUGUUUGCCACUGACGUGGCCAGCCGCGGAUUGGAUGUGCGUGGUACAGAUCUAUUGCAAUUUGUAAUGCGGUCUUGCUACAACAAGCUUUGUAGUUCUUUGGUGGUUCCGCAUGACAAAAAAGGUGAUGAUGAAGUUUUUUCCUUUAUUCGAUGCACAAUGUCGUGCAGCAUGACAAAUGACAUCAUGAAAAUUAUCAGGUGUGACCCAUGUCGUCAACUACGAUGUCGCCGAAUCGAAGGAAACCCAUACCCACCGAAUCGGGCGAACCGGUCGUGCGGGUGCCAAGGGAUAUCAAAUGCAAAAAUGUCUGGGUCUGGAAAACUGUGAUGCAAGUCCGUGAACAAUAAGUGCUCUGUAAUUCGCCGCCAAGCAUGACAAGUUUUUUCGUGCUUCUCUGAUGCGUAUUUCGCAUGAGAAACUGCGCUUUUACAUGACAGGUAAGAGGACCUCUUGGUGGCCGCGCAAUACAGAGUGCAGAGUCAUGCCAGACUAGCAUGACAAUCUUCCAGACCCAGACACUCUUACAUUUGAUAAGGGAAAGGCGUAUACCAUCGUGGAGCCAUCGGAGUUGGGCAUGGUCAAAGGAUAUCAACCGUGUGACAACUAGACUUCUUCUUCUCGUCCACGACCAUGAUAAAUACUUACAAACUGUUCACCUUUUGUUCUUUGUCAUGCAGAUGAUAGUGACAGAUUGAAUUGAAGAUAGUCCAACAACACAACCACAAGCCUAUCUGCAGCCAUGGAGUCUUUUUGCCCUGCAGCUACAGGCAUGAGUUGUUCACCAGACGUUGAAAACUACAACUAGUUUUGAGUUAAUACCGGGACUUCUGAUGAUAAACAAGAGUGGAUUUUUGAAAUCAAAAGACCACGACCACCGUGAAGAAGAUGAUUUUUGUCACACGUGAUACAACAAUCAUUUCCACCAUGAAGAAGGCCGGUCAGGAGGUCCCGGAGGAACUGCUCGACAUCGCUCGGGAAAACAAGCACGCCUGGGGCUGGAACUAGGUGUCGUGAGGACUCAUGAGCCGCGUGAAGAUCCUGUCAAAAAUUUCUAUGGGUGACAAAACACUGACUCAUUUUUUCCUUUUCGUGAAAGCACGCAGCAUUUGUUAAUUCAUCACUGGAUGAAGAAGUACUUCAUCAAUUGAAACAGAAACAACCGAUAUGAUAGUCUACUGUACUGAUUUAUCACCCAGAAGUCUCCUGAAGAAGAAGAACAGAUUUCGCCUCUACUUCCACGCUCCUUUUCAUUUGAUCUAGCUGUUUCUUUUGUCGGUUUUCGAGCCGCAAAAGGAAAAAUUAUACUGCGACUAGUACACAACUUCUGGAGGACCAGCACCUCUUAGUAGAUCUCGUGACGGAAGAACGAGUUCUACUCCUGGCUGCUGGGAAGUAGAUACUGCGACGCCGACCUCGUCGUGAAGGAGACGCCUGCUGCUAUACAUUUUCCUCAACGUUUUAUCCGUCGAACCGAUUUGCCACGAGGAAGAGCGCCGAUUUGAUAAACACUUUUUCUACAACUCGUCCCGAAAUUGAUGACGCUACCACAGUUCGAUCGGACUAUCGAUAGCGAUACAAACGAAAAACUACACUCAUUUUUUUACGCGACAAAAUUAUUGAUGAUACGCUAAGAUAACUACAAAGUCAUUUGAUUUUAUACCUAUUUCAUUUUUCGCAACGACAAGAAAUGACAGCACUAGCAUCUUCGCUAGAUUCAGACUAGUAAAUUUUCCGCUGCUAGGACCACGCGCGGCAAAAAAUGCGCGACAGGUCAUUAUCAUGGAAAUUGUCUUUCGCUUUUAUUUCCACAUAUAAUUGACUUUCAUGCGUAUUGAAAAAACAGUCAUUUUGCAACACUACCGAUUUUUUUACCAUGGAUUUGCGAUGUGGUAGACCAAGAUGAAAAGCCUAUUUUGCAACAGGUACAGCUAUCAGCUGUUGUACGCAUCAAAUCUAUAACGCGGUGUGGACGACCCGGUUGAGAGUUUUUUGUUGCUUUCGCAAUGAAUUCUCGUAAUGCCGGAUUAUCUGCAUCUGCUAAUCAAAGACACGAUAGAAUGAAAUGAUUCAUAUAAUGAACCAACUACUUUUGACCACAACUAGAACCAGGACUUCUUCUAUCGACCAUCUGGAUGCAGCAAUGAGGUAGAAGCUUUUGAUCACAUCACAAGAACAUCACCAAUGAACAACAAACGCAACAGCCAGUUCGUUGUAUGACGCUUUUUUGCCGAGUAAAGGAUUGCUAGCACUCGUGAAGAGAUACUAGCGAGGAUGUACUGGCGCGCCACGAGAACACGACAACUCAUUCUGCUUUUUUUUCGCAAAAUUCAUUGUAUGAAUUGAAGAAGCUCUGCACUGCAACUCGAGCAGGAGGAACGAAGAGCACAGCGCAGGCGAUUAUAUCGGCCCUCAGAAGUAGAGUGCCUACAGUACCUAUCCGCCCUUUGUUUCUAUUGAAGGGGCUCCGCUUGCUGGCUGUGGUUCGUUGUACGUGUUGAGCUGCAGAAGUAGGCGCAACAGUAGACGCGAGGUUGAAGUCGCACACUUUGUGUUCCGUUCCCCGAGCAGGGGGGUUCUAGUAU